AUGUCUUUAAACACCGUACCUAAAGAUCUGAGAGGAUUGCGCGCCUGUUUAGUUUGUUCAUUAAUAAAGACUUUUGAUCAAUUCGAACUUGAUGGAUGUGAUAAUUGUGAUGAAUUUCUUCGAAUGAAAAACAAUAAGGACAAUGUAUAUGAUUGCACAAGUAAUAAUUUUGAUGGAAUGAUUGCUGUUAUGAGUCCAGAAGACAGUUGGGUCUGUAAAUGGCAGAGAAUUAGUCGCUUUUGUAAGGGUGUCUAUGCAAUUUCUGUAUCUGGCCGACUACCAGCAGGAGUUAUUAGAGAAAUGAAAAGCCGUGGCAUUGUUUAUAGGCCUCGAGAUACAAGCCAAAGAUAA